AUGGGAAAGGGUGGCAAGGGAGGUAAGGGAUCUAGUAGGCUGAGAGCGGGGUCAUGGAACAUAGGGACACUGACGGGUAAGUCUAUAGAGUUAGGGAAGAUUCUUCAUAAGAAGGGGAUUAAUAUAGCAUGUGUUCAGGAGACUAGAUGGAAGGCUACGAGGGUAUGGGAUGCUAACGGGUUUAAACUAUGGUAUUCAGGAGGAGCAGCGGGCAAGAACGUGAUAGGUGGGCCUGGGCGACGAGGUCAAAGACGCUUCUGGGAUAAUUUGGAUGAGGUUAUACGUAGUAUUCCGCACUCCGAGAAGCUCGUCAUUGGGGGUGAUUUUUAUGGCCAUAUUGGGGUGACUGCUAGGGAUUAUGACGAGGUGCAUGGCGGGUUCGAUUUCGGAGUUAGGAAUGAGGGCAGUACCUCUUUGUUGGGUUUUGCUAAAGCAUUUGACCUAGUGUUAUAA